AUGUUUAUAUCGAUAACUUCCUUAUUGCGGCGGCAAAUACGCACGAGAUCAAACAAGUGCAAUAAGCACUACAAACAGAACGAGAAACCUCCGGACGAGGAAGCAAAAGCUCGUUAUGCGACUACUAUUAGUUCGUUGAUAUAUCUAAUAGUUAGCAUGCGACCGGAUAUUACCCGCAAUCGCACCACUAAAUCGCUCUAUCGCGAUUGCUCCGCUAUAUCAAAGCCACACAAUCUUAUCGGAUCACCUUCCGUAUCCGCUAUCGCGCUAUCUCGCAAUCCCGAGUUCCACAAACGGACGAAGCAUUUUAAUGUAAAAUUUCACUAUCAGCGAGCUAUGUUGAAUACCGGCGAGAUUAGGCUCUAA